AGAUGUAGUAGAAAAGGGGGGUCGCGUGUGCACCUUCUCUUUGUCUUGCAGAGGGUUGCGUGGGAUUCGAACGAAAGGAAGAACAAAAGUGAUUUCAGCUUCAAAUCUGUCUGGGAUUUUUUUCUCACGAGGAAGUCUUUUGUGAUUUUUUAGUGAUUUUCUGGAGAACAUUUUGGACAUGAAACCACAGGCAGAUAUCUCCACUGCUGAUGCUCAAUUGUAAGGAACUCAAAAGGAUUCCAAUGGGAAAAAGUCAACUGUCUUGAAGAUUUUUUAUUCUUGAAAAAGCCUUUGAAUUACUUGUUAUUGUCACGAGGGACUUCUAAGGCUGCGACAACCGGAAGGUUUUUCAUGUUGACUCUUGGGCAAUAAUUGCAAUCGUGGUUGUUCCAUUGAAAUAUAUAGAUGCAUUCAACCAACUCAUCUCAGACUUCAUCUCAGACGCUACUUCUGUUUCAUUUAAUGAAGUGUGAUGUAUAAAAAGUGAGCCAACCGUUGAGGUGCAAUGCAAUGAGUCAUUUCUCUAAUUCUUAUAAUUAUUCAACAUUGAAUAUCGUCGGCUUCUGCUUCUUAGUCCAGCCGGAGAGCGACUGAGAGGAGAAAAUAUCAUUCUAAUCCUUCUAUAUAAACCUAAAGAAAAAGACCCCCCCGCGCCCAUCACUACCUGUUGAUUGACAGCUAUUUAACCUCCAAACACAAACCAGAAGUGGGAGAAAAUAAGACGUGAAGAUGGCACUGAAAGACGGAGGAAAAGAGCAGUGGCGCGUUAAAACCGGGGACCAUCUGGGGGCCAAAGCCGUAGCGGGGGCCCCUGCGGCAGGCGGAGGAGUGGUGGUGGAGGUCAGGGAGAAGAAGGGACCUCUGCGGGCCGCGAUACCCACAAUGCCCUUCCCUCUGGCCGUCAUCUGUCUGUUCCUGAACACCUUCAUACCUGGACUCGGUACCUUCAUCUCGGCCUUCGCGGUGCUGUGCGGCGCUCGCAACGAGCUGAUCUCCGAGCGAGGGGUUUGUUGCGUGUUCUGGCUCAACGUGGCGGCGGCCCUCAUCCAGAUCCUGACAGCCGUGGUCAUGGUCGGAUGGAUCAUGAGCAUCUUCUGGGGAAUGGACAUGGUCAUCCUGGCAAUUUCUGAUGGCUGCAGAGACCAGAGUCUUCCUCAGGACGUCUGAGAGGCACAGGGACCCCCCUCCCCCCCCUUCAUCUAUGUGAUGACCAGCAGCUUUCUGUCCAUUCAAAAUGAAUCAUCCACGUGGGGGGAAAAGAAAGGACUGAGAAUACAUUUACAUUUGAUUUAAAAGGAUAAAAACGAGGAAAAGGAGAAAAAAAUGUGGUUACAAGACAAAAAAAUGUUGUUGUUUUUUGGUGAAUUAUAACUUUAUGUGAGAAACACGCAACAUGUUUCCUACAUGACGGGGUGGAGGAGGUGAAGGACGAAGGAGUGUGGGAGAAAAUGAAGGUGUUGAUUUGCAUUGUUUAUUCAACAACAUAAAGUCAUAUGUAACUUCACUCACUGAACCAGAAGUCGACCGCCCCGUGCACAAGUCACUCUACCAGAGCAGCUCUUUGGGACGCUGAGGACAUCUUCUCCAUCUCCAGCGCCGCACGAAAUCAUGCGCACUUCACACGAAAUCCGCCGGAGACACGAGUCAUCACGCCGAUGACGUUCUCAGAAUAUUCAGCAGCGUGAUCGGGAUUUGCGAUCUGACGGAUCAGCCGACGCGGUUGUUUUGUAGCUGUGGUAUUUUAGCGUUUUACUGUGACAGCAAACACAUCUUUAACACGCCGCGUCUCAGCGCCGCUCACGAGGCGCGCGUCACCCUAAAAUCACAGCGGCUGCGUGAGAAAUGAAUCGCGCCUUCUGGCGCGUCGGCGUCGGAGGGAUAUUACACGUUAUUAGAACAUGGAAUCCAAUAAACAAUAUGCCGCUCCGGGGAACCGCACUCAGUAUGAACCUUUGAUAUUCCACUGGUUUUAAAGGUCAGAAAUGAGCCAUUUUCUCAUCCAACCAGAACUACGUGAAAAAACGUCAUGAACUGGUUCUACAAGAAGUGGAAAAUUCCCAUUAAGAGAUUUGAUUCAUUAAAAGAAAGAACACAGGUUCUUCAGUCAAUGUUGUGUGUGUAAAUUGUGUAUGUAAAUGAAAUGUAUCAUUAUAAUUAUAUCGAUGUUUGGGUGUUUGGGUGAUUUUCAUAUCAUGAACUCGGUUCCGUCCAUUGUGACUCCAUCACAAACCUGCAACGCACAGAAGUCGCCUUGGAACUGAUGAUCCAAACGAAGCUUUUCCCCUGACGCCUCAUCGGCGUUCGCCUGGAUUGUUUCCCAGAAAGAAAAAAAAACGGAGAAUCAGGAGAACAAGAGAAUCGAACCACGAUAACGGAAAGUGGAUCGAAACCAGUGCGUCGAGUUCACAGGAAGCUCAGUUGCUGCUGAAAAGACUCCAACUGGAGCCGCUGAUCGGAGCCCUUAAAACUCCAGUUGUGCCUCGAUCAAUUAUUCAAUGUUCCUACCCAACUUUCUCAUCUUUUUUUCUGUACCGACUACGAUGCCAAUGCUGUUUUCCGGUGAACCUCUGUGGGUUUUAAUAGUCUUCACCUUCUUUGCCAAAUGCCUUUUUUAGGAGCGCUGCUGGAUGACGACGUGUGUGUGUGUGUGUGUGUGUGUGUGUGUGUGUGUGUGACACAGAUGGUGAUGGCGAUGUGUUGAUGUUCUUUGCCUCACGCACCGGCGGCGCUUUGCCAGGCGUUUGUGUAGCCGGCGGUGCUGAUUUGCUUCGUGUGGGUCCGGGUGCAGCUUGUAGAGCUUUAUUGGACACUUGGGUGUAACGAUGGUGACGUUGUGCCGGCUUCUAACAUUGUGGCUUGAAACUGUGACUUUGGCUGAAUCAUUAAUAAAAACGUAUUUCUGAAUACGG